AUGAUGAGUUGCUCGUGUCGCACGACAUCUUUAAAGAUUUUCGUACAAAGUCUCACGGAACUUCGAAUAUCUAAUUCUGCUAGGCAAAUCCAACCGCAAUAUUCGAGAGUCGGUAACUUUCGGUCACGGUUCACCUUUGCUAGACCUUAUAGUGUCACCGCAGCCUUAAGCUUCCCACGAAAAGUAUUGCAAGGACGGGCCUCGCAUUCACUAGACACCGAUAAGCCCUCGAAAGUCGCACCACAAAAACGGUCGGACGAUGCUACGGUAGAGGAGCCCGAUGUACCAGUACUUAAUGUCUCUGCAGACAUUUUAGAUCGGGCGAAAAGUGAAGGUGCAAUUCUUGACUUCACCCCCGAAUCUAUCGACGCCCUCGUUUCCAACUUAGACAACCCACAAACCGGUGCCCCUGGCCGGCGAGACAAACAUGCCCAGUCUGACUCCCGUCGCGAGUCGAAAUCGGACUCUACACCACCCGUCGAGACCAAGAGGUUGAAAAGACUGAAGAUUAUGAAGGAUGAGCCCAAGGCAUCUACGUUACCACCCAUUAAGAAGGAACCAUGGAAGAUACAAAAAGAAAUCCUCAAGGAGAAAUUCCCAGAGGGUUGGCAGCCGCGCAAGCGGCUGUCGCCAGAUGCCCUCGAAGGCAUCCGGGCGUUGCACGCGCAAUUCCCGGAGGACUACACGACGGAAGUUCUGGCGAACAAGUUCAUGGUAUCGCCGGAGGCCAUCCGGCGUAUUCUCAGGACUAAGUGGAUGCCCACGCCCGAGGAGGAGAUAGACCGCCAGCAGCGCUGGUUCAACCGCGGCAAAAACAUCUGGAGCCAGAUGGCUGCGCUGGGCAAGAAGCCGCCUCGCAAGUGGCGUCGCGAGGGCAUUGUUAGAGAUCCUUCCUGGAAUAGGCCGAGGGGACCCCGGACGCAGCCUCCGAGGCAGUCGAGGAAGUAUAGAGGGUUUGAGUAA